UAAUUCCAGUAGUGGGUAAGUGUUACAGGUUAGGAACAAGAAGACCGCGUCUCCUGGCCGAUGCGGCCGAUUGAUCACACGUCUCGGUCAGCGACCCACCUCAACGCGACGACAUUCAAGAGGGAUACCGACACUGCAGCAACCGUUGGCGUCUCUCCGCUGGAGCAACAGCGCAACCUCUCAACAUGGGGCCUGACAGCGUUCUGGAGGUGAACUAAAUCGGUGCGCCAAAGCAGCGAUGGGCCUUAAAACCUAUGGGAGAACAAACGAGGAAUCAAGUUCAACUCCCCAAGGAGCCCAUCGUGGACCGCCGGACGUUGACUUGGAUAGACCCAGGCGUCGCCAGGGCUGGCACCACCUGCUGCACUACGCCGUCGUCGCUGUGGUUCUCCUGUGCUGCAUAGUACUCGCCUUGGCCCUGUUAACAGGUGACAAGAAAGUAGCCGUGUCUAGACCAAAGCGUCAGAGCACACCGGACGACCACCAACCCCCUGAUAUCCCUGGCCACGCACCGACGUCCACGGACAGCUCAGGAGCGACAAAUUCCGAUGCUUCGACACCGACCACUGCCGACUCGGACUCUACAAGUGUUUGGACUAAUCCUCACAAGUUCUAGCGUUAAUUAGUGCACGCCAGCACGCCGUUGUUAGUUGAGAAAGUAUACGAGUGGGUUUCUACGCCACCCUUCAUAAAAAAUAAGCAUAAAAUGUACAUAUUCUCUAUAAAAUUGGUGUAAAGUGUGUUUCCUGUAAAA